GGGGGGUGGGGGGACGCAGGGAGCGAGCGAGGUGCGGGAGGACGGGGGGGGGAAAGCUGUGAGCCAUGGCGGCCGCCCGCUGGCCACUCCUGCUGGCCUGCCUGGGCCUGGGCCUGGGCCUGCCCACGGGCCGCGCCGAUGAACACGAGCACACGUAUAAGGAUAAAGAGGAAGUCGUCUUAUGGAUGAACACGGUUGGGCCAUACCAUAACCGCCAGGAAACAUACAAGUAUUUCUCGCUGCCGUUCUGUGCAGGACAGAAGAAGACGAUCAACCAUUACCAUGAAACACUGGGAGAAGCUCUGCAAGGCGUCGAGCUGGAGUUCAGUGGAUUAGACAUCAAAUUUAAAGAUGAUGUCAUGCAAAGUACUUACUGUGAAGUUGAGCUGGAUAAACAGAAGAGGGACGCCUUCGUUUAUGCCAUCAAGAAUCACUACUGGUACCAGAUGUACAUUGAUGACUUGCCAAUCUGGGGCAUUGUAGGUGAAGCCGAUGAGAACGGCGAGGAUCAUUUCCUCUGGACCUACAAGAAACUCGAGAUCGGCUACAAUGGCAACCGUAUCGUGGAUGUGAACCUGACCAGCGAGGGCAAAGUCAAGCUGGUGCCCAACACAAAGAUUGCAAUGUCCUACUCUGUGAAGUGGAAGAAAUCGGAUGUGAAGUUUGAAGACCGGUUUGAUAAGUACCUCGAUCCGUCCUUUUUCCAGCACAGAAUUCACUGGUUUUCAAUCUUCAAUUCCUUCAUGAUGGUGAUAUUCCUAGUCGGACUGGUCUCCAUGAUCCUGAUGCGCACUCUGCGUAAGGAUUAUGCUCGAUAUAGCAAGGAAGAGGAAAUGGAUGAUAUGGACCGAGAUCUGGGGGAUGAAUACGGAUGGAAGCAGGUUCACGGGGAUGUGUUCAGACCCUCCAGCCACCCCUUGAUGUUUUCAUCGAUGAUCGGGUCUGGCUGCCAAAUUUUCUUUGUCUCCCUCAUUGUUAUUAUUGUGGCAAUGAUCGAGGACUUGUACACAGAGAGGGGAUCUAUGCUGAGCACGGCGAUAUUUGUGUUUGCUGCUACAUCGCCUCUGAACGGCUACUUCGGAGGGAGCCUGUAUGCCCGACAAGGAGGCAGGAGAUGGAUAAAGCAGAUGUUUAUGGGUGCGUUCCUGAUCCCUGCCAUGGUUUGUGGCACGGCGUUUUUCAUCAACUUCAUUGCCAUCUAUUACCACGCAUCGCGGGCCAUUCCUUUUGGGACCAUGGUCGCUGUCUGCUGUAUCUGUUUCUUUGUCAUCCUGCCCCUGAACCUGGUGGGGACCAUUCUGGGCAGAAACCUGUCAGGCCAGCCCAACUUCCCAUGUCGUGUCAAUGCAGUGCCCCGUCCGAUCCCAGAGAAGAAAUGGUUCAUGGAGCCAGCUGUCAUUGUAUGCCUGGGAGGAAUCUUGCCUUUUGGCUCUAUUUUUAUUGAGAUGUACUUUAUCUUCACAUCGUUCUGGGCGUACAAGAUUUACUAUGUGUACGGAUUCAUGAUGCUCGUCUUGGUCAUCCUCUGCAUCGUGACUGUCUGUGUGACGAUUGUCUGCACGUACUUCCUGCUGAAUGCUGAGGACUACAGGUGGCAAUGGACCAGCUUUCUAUCUGCGGCUUCCACUGCAGUCUACGUUUACAUGUACUCCUUCUACUACUACUUCUUCAAAACAAAGAUGUACGGCCUGUUUCAGACCUCCUUCUACUUUGGUUACAUGGCGGUGUUCAGUACUGCUCUUGGAAUCAUGUGUGGUGCUGUCGGUUACAUGGGAACAAGUGCCUUUGUUCGAAAGAUCUACACCAAUGUGAAAAUUGACUAAGGAAGGAAGGCCAGAGAACUGGGAGGUGUGGAUCAGUUACUGUUUUCUGCUUUAGGCUGGACUGCAGUUUGAGCUGCAAGGAGACAUUGGUUAACACUGGGUAUAACGUGGAUUCCAUUCAUGGAAGCUUAAAGCACCACCGGCGGUCCUUGAUCCUGCGUUCUUACAGACUGCUUUGUCCAACUCUUGGGCAAAAGCUUGGAUUAUAUGCAGUAAGCAUUACUACAAUAUAGUGCUAACCUUCCCAAACCCCCCAAAAAACAUAGCUCAUUUAAUGAAGAAUAGACUAGCUCUCUUCAGUGAAGAGGACAAAUAGUUUAUUUAAAUCCAAAACAAAAUCCGACUUAAAUGUCCACGCCACCAUUCAUUCAUUCUUUGAUUAUUCAGGUGCCGUCUCUAAAUGAUCAGAUAAUCCAGAAAAAUCUCUCUCUUUAUUUUGCAGCCAUCGCUUAAACAACACCCUCCCCCCCACCCCCUCUCUCACUGCUGUGAUCUGUACCUUAUUGAUCCUGGGCGCUUAUUGCAUCUAUUUCCAUUUGUAACUUCACCCUCACAUUUGCUUACCAACUCCUGACAGCCAGCUCUUAACGCGAGACGUCUGCUGUUAAUGGACCACCUGAAUCCAGUCUCUCAAAAGUCCAGAAUUGCAGAAAGUUCAGUUCUUGUCAAAUUCAGUCCAUCCAAAGAGUGAAAGCUCAGGACAGAGCCUCAUCUGCACUGAAAUUCACUGUAUAGUUAGCAUAUAAAAAAAAAUUAAACCACACGCAACCGCACACUGUUAGAAUAGCCUGGCAGUUUGUUCAUAGUUUUUAUUAGACAGCUUUUCAGGUCUAAGUGAAAUGUUUUAAUUGGGCGUAUCGAAUAAUUUCUUCUCGAUCUCUUCUGCGUUUCGUUUCCUCCUCCGAGAGUUAGUCUGCAAUUUAGUCUUGUUUUAUGUUGCGGUUGGAAUGAAGGUUUUACUCAAGUUAUGAAAAAAGGGGGUAAUAAAUGUAUAUAACCUUAUAAUGUAACUCUAGACGUAGAUCCCAAAUUUAUUUGGAUGUACAGAUUUAUUGCAUAGUACUUUCUGAUAACAAAUUAAUUUGGUGUAUAAAUGUGACUUUUUUUUGUUUGGGUGGCUUUUUUUUUCCAUCUUGCCUUCCUUCCAUUGCAUGAAAAUGAUAAUCUUCAUUCUGUGUGUGGAUGUUACAGAGCUCUUUGCUAUUCUCCCAAAUCUCAACACCAUUGUAAUUUCCAAUCUAAAUUAAUUUUUUUUUGUUAAUUCCUUACCUGGGCUCUGUGUGUGUGCAUCAACCUGAACCGUUAACUGCUUCAGAGUGUCAGGAACAAUGAAAACAAAAUAAAAACUUUUCAGAACAUAA